GUGGGAAGGGGCGUGUGCCAGCGCACGCGCGCUCCAGAAGAGGAGCGGUCUCACGGGCCCAGUGGUUCGGAAGGGCCACCCGGGGUGCUUUCGAGAGGCUAGGGCAGAGGAAGAGGUGCCAUGGCCACCCUCCUCUUGCUGCCCCUGUUGCUGCUGCUGCCGCUGGUGCUACUGAAGCUGCACCUCUGGCCUCAACUGCGCUGGCUCGCGGCAGACCUGGCCUUCACGGUGCGCGCCCUGCACUGCAAGAGGCUUCUCCGAGCUCGCGCGCUGGCCGCGGCAGCCGCCGACCCCGCGAGCCCCGAGGCCGGCUGCAGCCUGGCCUGGCGCCUGGCGCAACUGGCCCGGCAGCGCCCCGCGCACACUUUUCUCAUCCACGGUGCGCGGCGCUUUAGCUACGCGGAGGCGGAGCGCGAGAGUAACCGAGCGGCGCGCGCCUUCCUGUGUGCGCGGGGCUGGGACGCGGGACCUGGAGGCCACCGGGGCUCGGGGAGUGCGGGGACAAAAAGCCUCGAGGCUCGAGGCGAGGGAGACGGGGAGACGACCGGAAGCGGCGCGGCGCCUGCCGCGUGUGGAGAAGAUGCAGCAGCCAGAGGUGGAGGAGCCGCGGUCCCUUUAGCAACCGGAGCGACCGUGGCGCUGCUCCUGCCCGCCAGCCCCGAAUUCCUGUGGCUCUGGUUCGGGCUGGCCAAGGCCGGCCUUCGCACGGCCUUUGUGCCCACCGCCCUGCGCCGCGGCCCCCUGCUGCACUGCCUCCGCAGCUGCGGCGCGCGCGCCCUGGUGCUGGCGCCAGAGUUUCUGGAGUCCCUGGAGCCCGACCUGCCGGCCCUGAGAGCUAUGGGACUCCACCUGUGGGCUACAGGCCCUGGAACCCACCAUGCCGGAAUCAGCGACUUGCUGGCCGAGGCAGCAGCCCAAGUGGAUGGGCCGGUGCCGGGGUACCUCUCUGCCCCCAAGAACAUGACGGACACGUGCCUGUACAUCUUCACCUCUGGCACUACGGGCCUCCCUAAAGCUGCUCGGAUCAGUCAUCUGAAGAUCUUGCAGUGCCAAGGGUUCUACCAGCUGUGCGGGGUCCACCAGGAGGAUGUGAUCUACCUUGCCCUUCCGCUCUACCACAUGUCUGGCUCCCUUUUGGGCAUUGUGGGCUGCCUGGGCAUUGGGGCCACGGUGGUGCUGAAGUCCAAGUUCUCAGCUGGCCAGUUCUGGGAGGACUGCCAGAGGCACAGGGUGACAGUGUUUCAAUACAUCGGGGAGUUGUGCCGAUACCUUGUCAACCAGCCCCCGAACAAAGCAGAACGUGGCCAUAAGGUCCGACUUGCAGUAGGCAGUGGGCUGCGCCCAGACACCUGGGAGCGAUUCAUGCGGCGUUUUGGGCCCCUGCGGGUGCUGGAGACAUAUGGGCUGACUGAGGGCAACGUGGCCACUUUCAACUACACAGGACAGCAGGGCGCUGUGGGCCGUGCUUCCUGGCUUUACAAGCGCCUCUUCCCCUUCUCUUUGAUCCGCUAUGAUGUCACCACAGGGGAGCCAGUCCGUAAUCCCCAGGGGCGCUGUGUGGCCACAUCUCCAGGUGAGCCAGGGCUGCUGGUGGCCCCAGUGAGCCAGCAGUCCCCAUUCCUGGGCUAUGCUGGGGGCCUAGAGCUGACCCAGGGAAAGCUGCUGAAGGAUAUCUUCCAGCCUGGAGAUGUUUACUUCAACACUGGAGACCUGUUGGUCUGUGAUCACCAAGGCUUUCUUCGCUUCCAUGAUCGUACUGGAGACACUUUCAGGUGGAAGGGGGAGAAUGUGGCCACCACUGAGGUAGCCAAGGUCUUCGAGGCCCUGGACUUUCUUCAGGAAGUGAACAUCUACGGAGUCACUGUGCCAGGGCAGGAAGGCAAGGCUGGAAUGGCCGCCUUGGUUCUGCGUCCCCCCCACGCUUUGGAUCUUGUGCAGCUCUACGCUCAUGUUGCUGAGAACCUGCCACCGUAUGCCCAGCCUCGAUUCCUACGGCUCCAGGAGGCUUUGGCCACCACAGAGACCUUCAAACAGCAGAAAGUUCGGAUGGCAAAUGAGGGCUUUGACCCGAGUACACUAUCUGAUCCCCUCUACAUUCUGGACCAGAGUGUGGGUGCCUACCUACCCCUCACACCUGCCCGGUACAGUGCCCUCCUGGCUGGGGACCUUCGAAUCUGAGACUUUUCAGAUCCAAGGCACCUGAGGGAGGGGCUCUGAUGGGUGGAGCUAUUGUGGGGAUACUGAGGCUGGCAGGGAUCUUUUAUAUAUCAACUCAUCGUCAUGACUUUGUAAUAAAUGGACUGUAGCCGAUCUGA